AUAAAGCUUUCUAACUUGAUGGAUCUCCAAAGGACAGAGUACCACAAGAAACAUCUCCAAAGCAUCCAACAAGCCAUCCAGGAGGAUGGAGUUGAACUGUUGAAGUUGAAGGAUACUUUGCAUGGUCGUUACUAGACAACUGUGAAUGGAACGCUAGUUAUGGAGUCCGAUAUGGCCUCUUCUACGUCGAUUACAACAACGGGCUAAAACAUUUCCCAAAAAUGUCUGCAAUGUGGUUCAAAGAGUUCUUGAAAAGAGAAGAAGAGAUUGAAGAAUCUGAGAAGGAAGAGUACUUGUUGAAGUCUGCAAUUAAGAAGAAGAGAUUCUUAUAAGCAACUGGUUCGGCUUCAUGUUUUAUCCCUAAGAUGUCUAAAUCUUAUAAAGCCCUCGAACUAUUUUUCUAGAUUAAUUUGUUGUGUGAAAAGCUUUGAAGCAAAGUAGAGUUUAAACAGCCAGGGCUAAGAAUUCUUUGCGGAUAUAAAACUUUGUUCCCUUUUUAGUCUUCUUUGUUAUACAAUCAUUCUUAAAUUAAAAUCAACUGAAAUAUUAUCAAAGCUAAAACAAAUAGUGCAUCAGCACUACCAUGGUAAACUACGACAAUAUAUCUUUUUAUUUUCCGGCGGAAAUAUAAAUAUCGACAUUCUUUAAAGAUGAUUGAGCAAUAAUAUAUUUAUAUAAAAUUAUAGAUAAGCUAUCCUCUUUUUGAAAAGAUGGGAGAAAGUCGACAAAGAGAUGGGACAAAGUCGAAAACAAGAUGGGCUAUAGAUCUCUAAUUCUUAAGAUAAUGUUAUGUUUCUUCUACUGAUUUUAUAGGAUAAGGUUUCUUGAAACAAUUGUAAAAUCAAUGUAGAUAUAUACAUACAACUACUAGUAAAAAACAGUUGUUCCUCUUGUACAGUAACUCCCUCAACUAACAACUCUAUAUAAAGAUACAACAAUAUUACAAAUUAUCAAAUCCCAACACUUAUAAAGUUUUGAGUUUGACAACCAAAAUCCCUUAUAUAUUAAAAGAGAUAGAUUUUACGAAAAAAUGAGAAGUGAAGGUCUCGUCUUUAUGUUGCUCAUUACUUCCGCCUACGUUGGAGUUUUCGCCAAGAAUCAUUCCUCAAGACCUAAACUGAGAAGAAGUGAUUUCCCACAAGGUUUUAUUUUUGGAUGUGCUACUUCUGCAUAUCAGUGUGAAGGUGCUGCUCAUGAAGAUGGUAGAGGACCAAGUAUCUGGGACACCUUUUCUGAAAAGUUUCCAGAGAAGAUAUUGGAUGGUAGUAAUGGGUUCAUUGCUGAUGAUUCUUACAACCUUUACAAGGAAGAUGUGAAUUUUCUGCAUCAAAUUGGCUUUGAUGCUUACCGAUUUUCAAUCUCUUGGUCACGGAUUUUGCCUUGUGGGGAUUUAAAGGGAGGUAUCAACCAGGCUGGAAUCGACUAUUACAACAACUUGAUUAAUCACCUUCUGUCUAAAGGAGUGAAGCCAUAUGUCACAAUCUUUCACUGGGACUUACCAGAAGCACUUCAACAUACUUACGGUGGCUUCCUAGGAGCAGAGAUCGUGAAUGAUUUCCGGGACUAUGCGGAACUCUGUUUCCAGAAGUUUGGAGAUAGAGUGAAGCAUUGGACGACAUUAAACGAGCCAUUUUCAGUGGUACAUAAUGGUUUUACAACUGGCCAAGACGCACCUGGAAGGUGUUCCAGUUUCACUAAUCCUAAUUGCACCGGCGGUGAUGGAGCCCGCGAGCCUUACAUCGUCGGCCAUAACUUCCUCCUCGCUCAUGGAGCAGCCGUCAAAAUCUACAGAGAAAAGUACCAGGCGAUUCAGAAAGGUGAAAUUGGCAUAGCCUUAAACACAGUAUGGCACUACCCUUACUCAGAUUCAUAUGCUGACAAAUUAGCUGCGGCUCGAGCCACGGCCUUCACCUUCAACUACUUCUUGGAGCCAAUUGUCUAUGGCAAAUACCCGACCGAAAUGGUCAACCAUGUAAAAGAUGGCCGUCUUCCUACAUUUACACCAGAAGAGUCGUCCAUGCUCAAAGGAUCAUAUGAUUUCAUAGGCAUUAAUUAUUACUCGUCUUCUUACGUCAAAGACGUGCCAUGUGCAACUGAAAAGAUCACCAUGUCCACUGAUGCUUGCGUCAGCAUCGUAGGUGAACGCAAUGGAGUACCUCUCGGUCCAACGGCUGGCUCGGAUUGGCUUUUGAUAUACCCUGAGGGUAUUCGUGAUCUUCUACUACAUGUCAAAUUCAAAUUCGAUGAUCCUGUCUUGUACAUAACAGAAAACGGAGUGGAUGAAGCUAGCAUUGGAGAAAUCUUUCUCAAUGAUGACUUGAGAAUUGACUACUACGCUCAUCACCUUAAGAUGGUUCGCGAUGCAAUCUUGAUGGGGGUGAAUGUGCAAGGAUAUUUUGCAUGGUCGUUGAUGGACAAUUUCGAAUGGGCGGAAGGAUACACGGUCCGGUUCGGGCUAGUGUUUGUGGACUUUGAAGAUGGACGUAAGAGGUAUCCGAAGAAAUCAGCCAAGUGGUUUAGGAAACUGUUGAAGAGAGAGUAUAAUGGGACGAGGCAAAAGGUGGCUGUUAUUUAAUAAACCAUGAGUCAUUGCUUAAAUGUAUUCGACUAGUUGUUGUUUCCGAGGGGUUCUAGACAUUAAAAACAGUUUUAAAAAUUGGUGUAGAUGGUGUCUAGAUCCCUGCCUAAACACCAAUCCUCUAUAAAACGUCUAAUUAGCCUUUAGCGAUUUCUUGAACAUUGCUAAGCACUGAGCUUAGACUUUGAUCUAUAAAAGUUCUAAAGCUUAUUACA